AGAUUGUGCUCUAGCUGUGAUUGGCUGCAGUUGGGCAGAGCCCCCACGAUGCUUGACGACGAUUGGUUCAACCUACCCGUCAAUCAAGGAGCAAACUUCCGCACUUCUCCGGGCAGAGCCCCCCGCUCGCCCUCUCCGAUUCGCCGCCUCCCGCGCGCCCCUUCUUCUGAUUGGCUGCCGCCCUGGCCCCCGCCCCCGCGGCGGGGUCCGGAAGCGUCCCGGGCUCAGUCUGGCAGCGGCGGCCGCGGCGAGCGGAGCUCCGGGGCCGCCAUGGCCGCGGCGGCGCUGGGGGCCGUCCCGGCCGAGCCGCCGCCGCCGCCGGGCCGCCUGCCCGGAGGAGCCGGCACUGAGCGCGCCCUGGAAGAAGCAGAGGCCUCCGGCACGCUCAGCCUGGCCGGCCGGCGGCUGCGCGCCUUCCCGGCGGCGGCGGCGCGGCGCUGGGACCUCAGCGACACCACCCAGGCCGACCUGUCGCGGAACCGCUUCGGCGAGGUGCCGGAGGCCGCCUGCCGCCUGCCCUCGCUGGAGGGGCUCAGCCUGCACCACAACUGCCUGCGCAGCGUCCCGCCGGCCAUCGCCAACCUGCAGGCCCUGGCACACCUGGACCUCAGCCGCAACCAGCUGAGCUCGCUGCCCGCCUGCCUGUGCCUGCUGCCCCUGCGCGUCCUCAACGCCAGCAACAACCGGCUGGCCGCGCUGCCGCCGAACCUGGGCGCCCUGCGCACGCUGCGGCAGCUGGACGUGGGCUCCAACCGGCUGCGGGCGCUGCCGCCGGGGCUGGGGCAGCUGCGGGCGCUGCGGGACCUCAGCGUGCGGCGGAACCAGCUGGCGGCGCUGCCCGACGAGCUGUCGGAGCUGCCGCUGGUGCGGCUGGAUUUCUCCUGCAACCGGGUGGUGGCGAUUCCGCGCUGCUUCCGCCGGCUCCGGCACCUGCAGACGCUGCUGGCCGACAACAACCCGCUGCAGUUCCCCCCCGCCCAGAUCUGCCUGAAGGGCAAAGUCCACAUCUUCAAGUACCUGGAAGCCGAGGCUGCCGCCCAUGCUCCGCCGGCGUGCCCCCCGGACGAGCCGUGUCUCCGGCAGAGGGGGGGGCUGGACUCCGGCUUCCACAGCGUGGACAGCGGCAGCAAGCGCUGGUCGGGGAACGAGUGCACGGAGGAAUCCUCAGAGCAGGAGUCGAGACGAGUCCUUGGGGCAGCUGGCGACAGUGACCCGGAGCAGCUGGAGGAGCAGCCCUGGCCCGAGGAGCAGCAGAGCGGGACCCCCAGAGGUGACGCCCCCGAGGGCAGCAGGGGGGUCCCCAGCUGCCGGCGGCGCCCCAAGAACCCGGAGGGGCAAAGGGAGAGGGAGAGGAGCCGGGACAGGACCCCCCCCCGGAGACCCCCCCCGACGGCGACGCUGACGGACCCCGGCGGAGCCCCCUGCAGCCCCCCAAAACCCAGCCCCCCCUCCUCCUGCAGUGCUGCCAAGGCAGCCCCCCCGGACCCCGACCAGCUGAUUGCCGAGGUGCGCCAGAGCCUGGAGGCGCUGCUGCAGCUGCGGCUGCCGGACGAGCUGGGGGACCCCGAGCUGCUGGGGCGCGUGGCGGCGCGGCUGCGGCCCUGGGCCAGCCCCCCCAGCCCCCGCCGGACGCCGCCGCCCUGCCGCCGCUCGGGGCUCCCCGAGGCGAAGCCCCCCGACCCCCGGCGCCCCCCGCCCGGGCUGCUCUUCGCCCUCUUCUACGGCCUCCUCAUGGCGCUGCUCGUGGCCGCCCACCGCGCGCUCUUUGGCUGCUGAGGGACCCCCGGGAGGCCCCCCCAAAAUCACGGGGAGCCCCCCCAGGACCUUGGGGGAACCCCCCGACCCCCUGGGGACCCCCAAACCCCCGUGGGGGUCCUGCCUUUGCACCUUUCCUUGCCCCCCCCCCCCCU